AGCGGUGAUCAAAUCAUCAGUAUCUUGGAAAGCCAUUGAUCCAAAUCAGAUAUUUUGAAAAUGAGUGAUAAAGGACCCAUAACCUUUUUACAACCUUUAAUUGCAUCUCAGCCAAUAGCAAUGAAUGUAAUAGGUUAAGAAAAUUGAUUUGGUCUUCAAAGCAAUGUUUUCUGUCCAGUGCUGUCUCAGUUCCUGCAGUCCUCCCCAAUGGAAUCCAGUGCAUUUGGAAUAGAACUCCUUUCGUUGUAUGCCUUGCCUGUUAGCUGAGCAGCUAUGGAAGUGAAGGGAGAAGAAAUAAUGCAUCUGACAUUACACAGAAAUUCCAGUAUAGCUGACAGUAUCCCUGCAAAUGAGUAAGACAUAACAAAUCCUACAUCAUAACAAGAGCUGUGGGGCAGGAAAAAUAUAUUUAAGCUUUUCCAGGAGGCAUGAACUGGACACCCUGAUCAAAGUACACAAUCAUAUGAUUGGUACAAGCUGAUCAUGGGGAUCCAGGCACAAUACAGAAAACAAGGAAGAGAGAAAUGUAGUUAAUAAGUAAUUCCUGUCCAUAAUGCAGUUUGAACAAACAAUACAGUCUCCCAACAAUAAAGACAGUAUCUCAGCUUAAACACUCUCCAGCACAAGUAUAUUAUUCCUUCCUCUCACCAAGAAGAAAAUGAAAAACAAGACAAAUUUUCCUUCACAAGAAGAAGAAGCGCGUCCUUCCAGAUGUCCAGAUAACAGUGCAUUCAAACAGCAGAGGCUGCCAGCUUGGAAGCCCCAGCUUAAUAUUGUGACUGUGCUCUCCAGCUUCUUCCUCACGGGCGCAUUCUGCCUUACUGUGGGAGUCUGCCUUAUACUGUCUGCAAACAGCGUCAGAGAAAUCCAGAUAGAUUAUUCAGAUAAAUGCUCAGACUGUUCAAAAUUCCGUGAAAAUUCCUCCAACUGGAAUAAGGAAUGCCAUUGUUCUGUUAAUUUCACGCUGAAGGAAGAUAUAUUGGGUGAUGUUUUUAUGUACUAUGGUCUGCAAAACUUCUAUCAAAACCAUCGUCGAUACAUGAUCUCCAGAAGUGAUGCACAAUUGUUGGGUCGAAAUGUAAAUAUUCAGAGGAGCUACUGUGCACCCUUCACAACCUACAAAAAUGGGACCCCCAUAGCGCCGUGCGGGGCUAUUGCCAACAGCAUGUUCAAUGAUACUAUUGAUCUUUUUUACAAUCGUAACUCAUCUGUGGUUCAGGUGCCACUGCUGAAGACUGGAAACAGUUGGUGGACAGAUAAAAAUGUGAAAUUUCGCAAUCCUGAGUCAUACAAUCUCUCUUCUGCAUUUGCAGGGACAGCAAGACCUCCUUACUGGCAGAAGCCAGUGUAUUUGUUAGACGAGGGAGAUGAGAGGAACACCGGUUAUGUCAAUGAUGACUUCAUCAUCUGGAUGCGAGUGUCAGCCUUUGCCACGUUCAGAAAUCUUUACCGCCGUGUCAGGCGGAUCAGGCACUUUGCGGAUGGCCUGCCAGCAGGGAAUUACACGUUCCGGAUUUCCUAUAAUUUCCCUGUUUCCAAAUUCAAGGGAAGGAAGCACGUGAUUCUCUCAACCGUGGUAUGGAGUGGAGGAAGUAACCCAUUCCUGGGAAUUGCCUACGUGGUUUCUGGCACAGCAGCAACCCUGGCAGGUUUUGUCAUAACUGCCAUCCACCUGAAGCUCAGAAAAAAGAAAACAUACUUUCAGAGGCAAUAAGGUUCCCUGGCUUUCUGAACUAAAGCAAAGGUGUGCUGUGAACGAAGAAUGUGCCGCACAGACCUUUCAUUCUUUCCCCUGAGCUCUGGACCUGUUUCAGUAUCAGGUUUGGUGAAUGUAAGCAAACUGAGGAGCAGUGCUCUUCCAUCAUCUCAAACCAAACUUAGCUGAGGCAGGAUUCUUACUAGUGUGUGUGUGUGCUCCUAAAUUUGUUUCCUAGGAAACUUGUAGUGAGAUGAGCUUCAAACAACAGAUAACAUAGUGGAUUAGAAUUGCAAUGGCAAAGAAAUAUGGUACUAAUGUGUGGCCAGGAGUAGGGGUCCAUAUUAGUUUCUUACUCAGCCCAUAAUUCAAAAAACAUUUCUUAUGACUUAAAUGGAGCUUUGGAUGGGUAAAAAGUGAGGACUUGAUCCAACAAAAUGCUUGAGCAGGUAGAAUUUACUGCUAAAAUCUGUUUGUGAGCCACAUACAUAUGCUGAAUGGCUUGGGCUUUAUAUACCUUUUUCAGCUAUCCUGAAAAAGCAACCAAUUUAGCGCAGCACAUUCAUUGAUACUCAAUUUAUGAUUGAAUUGAGCUUGAUAUUCAAUUGAUGAGUGAAUACAGGUCAUUUAUUAGGAGUUCAGAGUUUGUUUAGACCAAAUUUAUUGGUUUUAUCUAGGUACUGAGAGCUGGAGGACAUCAAAAUACUGAUUUACAAUUUUUUUAAUCAUGGUGUAAUAAAAAGCUUAAAUUAAAAACUCCUUUAAUUCUAAAUAUUUUAGCAGAAACAUCUACCUGAUAUGACUACAAGGCCACAAUUACACUCCUACCUACCCCACCCUUCCAUGUGAAAGUUCACAGAUCUUACAUGUCAUAGAAUGGUGACUUAUUGUCAGUAGAAAACAAAGAACCAGAAAACCUGUCAACUUAAUUUUGAGAAAGUAAACACUGCAGCUCAUGAAUAGGCUUGUCAUUUUUCAUGUUUCAUGUUCAAAAUUUUACAUAUUUAGGAGUUAAUUUCGAGUCUCUCACAAAAUGAAGGAACAGCACUGAAGAAUUUAGGUCAAGCACACUGUGGUACAUCCAAAUUUUUUAAAACAAUUUUUCUGUUGCAAAAGCGCAAAUGGAAUAAAACACUUUGAUAAGUA